AGAAUGGAGCGCAUCGGAACAAAUGAAUAAAUGCCGUAAAAUAAAUCGGCUUUAAACACUGUUUGACACUUAAAUGCUCCCGUAUUUAUUUUAAAAAAGCUUGUUGCAAACAGUCGGACUCCCCGGAUCAACAUUUCGCAGCGUGUUUUGAGGUUUUUGGAACGAUGAUGGAUCAGGGAGCCUCGAAGAUAACCAGAGUCCGGGAGCUGCCUCCUCUUCCACAGCGAGGACAGCGAGCUCCGCCCACCAUGUCCAGCCUGGACACUGCAGCUGAAGGUUCGAUUCCCAGGCAGAAGAAGAAGAAGCUGAAGAAAGAGAGGACAAACGGAGUGGACGAUGUGGACGCGGAGCCGGGGGUGGAGCUGGGAGGCCUCGGCAGCCGCAGGGAGUCUGAGGUCGGAGGGCACGUGACCCCUGACCCCACCACAGAGGCGCCACCGCUCAGGAGGAAGAAGAAGAAGAAAAACCCCACAGCUGACCUGGAGGACCACCAAGCCGACCUGGUGAACGGAGACGCCGCAGAUCAGACCACCGACGGAGAGGAGCCGGCCCGAAAACCCCGGAAGAAGAAGAGGCCAAAAGUUGUGGAGUCGCAGCUUCCCGACGAGCUGGACGUGGAGGAGGACGACAUUGUAGCUGAGGCGUCGUCUCCCAUCCCCCAGCAUGCUUUGUUCUCAGCGCCGCAGUGUCAGAGCCAGCCGGUGGGCAAAGUGUUUGUGGAGAGGAACAAGCGCUUCCAGGCGGCCGAGCGGUCCGACUGGAGGAAGAGCAGCGACCAGACGGACGCCAUGACGGACUUCCAGCAGAUCCAGCCGCUGUGGACCACCAGAGACGUUUCGGUGCAGGUGCACGAGGGCUUCAGGGGCUUCGGCCUGUACUGCCACGGCUUCCUGGCCGGCCUGGCGGUGUGGAACAUCGUGGUGGUCUACCUGCUGGCCGGGCAGCACCUGACGGCGCCGUCCAACCUGCUGCGGCAGUACCACGGCCUGGCCUACCCCUGCCAGGCCCUGCUCUACCUGCUGCUGGCCGUCAGCACGGUGGCCGCCUUCGACAGGGUGAACCUGGCUAAAGGCUCCGAGGCUCUGAGGGAGUUCGUCACUCUGGACCCGGUGGCGCUGGCGUCCUUCUUGUAUUUCUCGGCUCUGGUGCUUUCUCUGAGCCAGCAGAUGACCAGCGACCGGAUCCACCUCUACCCGUCCUCCAACGCCACGCUGUGGCCUCCCGGCUCCGAGCACCAGAUCCUCCACCCCUGGGUGACCGUCAACCUGGUGGUGGCGCUGCUGGUGGGCCUGGCCUGGAUCUUCAUCGCCUCGCAGCCCGGGACGGACUACACCCAGGGUUAUCUGGUUGCCAUGGAGAUCGACCCUCCAAAGCCAGAGGACAAGUCCGAGAUGACGGCCUGACGCCAGCCGCUGUGGAGCUGUUCACGUUUUCAACCUCUUCUUGUUUAACUUACAGUACGCUGAAUACAUCGUUCAGAAAUCCAACAGCAGCUCAUCUGUUGGUGACGAGGCCCGGUCCGCGAAGCCAGAACAGACUUCACUGAAGUCUUCUACACUCUAAAUCAGACGAAAUACAACAUCUAAUGGAAGUUUAUUGAUAAAGUGCUUUUCAUGAAAUGCCUGUCCCUAAUUCCCAAAGCACAACAAAAAUAAAUCCACCAUUAUAAAAUAUUGAAAUGAAACAAAAAAAUGGGGUAUUUGUUUAUAAAUGAGCCAUUUCACAUCCCAGUGUCCAGUUCAGAUCCAUCUCCACGCAGGAAAGAGUCAAUCUAUGCUCUGUCAUAAUGAAGGAGGAUGAACAAACAUUUGCAAAGAGAAGAAGUUCACUUUAGGAACUUAGAAUAAAGCCCAAAAGGAAUAUGCAAUUACAAAAGUGAAAAGAAUUCCCAAUUUGAUAAAGUAAAAAGGUUCUGGGUCAGUCAGAGAAGUUCUCCUCUCCCUCAGUGAAUUCUCGGGUCACGACCGGCUCCCUCACAUCCAACAGAAAAUCCCCACAUUUCUACACAGCAGGACGUGAAAGGAAGAACAUUUCAGAGCAGGUUUGACUUUGUGCCUGCCGGCUGCUGCCCACUUGCCUGGUAACCCCGCCCCGCCCACUCCUCGUCCUCUGGAUUCUGGAGCUGGGCUCAGUCUGGUCGGAGCCCAU